AUUAAUUCCACCCUUUCCUAUAUCGUCCCCCAACUGAGUUUGAGACAUUCCUGAUCCCGGCUUUGAACAUCCCUUCAUCUUGAUAUUCCGUGGCAAAGUUACCCCCUCCCCUCCCCAUCCUGCGCACGAACCUUGACUGACUUCGGACUAUAUUAUACGGUGACAGACUUGGAAAACGUGCCGUCCGCUUUUUACCAGACGCUUGCAUGUGCGUGACGCAAGAGACUUUUCAAACUUCACCUCCCUUCCAGCUUCGCUUCUCUGCAUCUUCAUUAACAUCUAAAAGCAUCCACCAGUAAAGAUUUUUAAUUUGCAGCUCCUCCUGUUCUUCAAGUCGUACUACAUCACACACAUCACACAUUCAUCAUGGCCCAGUUUAGAUUACUCUGUCUUGUCUUCUUUGUCGCAAGUUGCAGCCAUGUCCUCGCUCAGGAAGAUUCCGAGGAAGAAGACCAGCCAGCGGCAUUCGGAGCGUAUCCUAACAACUUUGGCACGUACCCCGGCAACUAUGGCAUGGGACGAGGUGACAAUGUGGAGCAAGUAGACCCAGAGGAACUUGAGGAUCCAGAAGAGAUGGAAGAGCCCGACAACGAAGAACCGCAAAUGCAAGCUAUGGGGGAUACUGAGGCACAGCAAGAAGCACUAGAGGCACAACAAGAAGCACAACAAGAAGCUCUAGAACUAGCACAGGAGGCGGCAGAAGAUGCUGAAGAAGCAAGACUUGACGCUUUAGAAGAACAAGAAGACGCAGCACUUGAAUUGGCUGAGCAACAGCAGGAGGCAGCCGAACAGGGCGAGUCACUCGACGUUGAGGAAUUGGAAUCGUCCGUAUCUCACUUCUCAUCGCUGAACGGCCAGGGCGGUGCCUUGGGUAACAACCCAGCCAAUCAGGGCACAGGAGCUGGCGAAGACCUCAGCGAAGAAGAAGAAGCAGCAGCUCUAGGAGGCAUGGGAGGAGUGGGAGGAGAGCAGAACGUUGGUGGCGCCGUCGCAGACAGUAGCGAAGAAGAGCAGGUUGUGCAGCAGCAAGCCGGUGGCUCCAUCAGCGCUAUGGGAUCUUCUUUCACAUUCCCUCCAAUGCCAAUGACGACAGGACCCCCUUUGGUCCGAUUCACGACAGGACCCCCUUUGGCCCGAUUCACCACCAGAAAUGUCACCCCAGAGCCCAUCGUGGAAAAUAAUGCCGGAGCAGGUAUUGCAGCUGCUGAAACCGCUGACAACCUACCUCAACAACAGACCAUGUCGACGAAAAAGACCACCGCGAUUGCUGCUGGUGCCGGUACUGCUGGAGUAGUUGCAAUUGCUGCUGCAGGAGUUGGAUUGGCCUAUAAAGCCGGUCUCAUCGGUGCAGGUGCCGGUGGUGCUGGCGCUGCCGGAGGAGCUGCAGCUGUCUAAGAAAAGACAUUUACGAACUGAAAGACACUAUCAAUGUUGCCCAAUAUCUAUCACCGCUGACGUGCCUUCUGUUUUGUCCUCAUAAACACUGUCAACCUGCAUUAUUGCAUACCUAUGAUGGGCACUAACUUAAACAAGGACAUCAAAACUCUUUCAUUAGAUUUUCCUUCUACGACAUUUCACAAUAUUCUAUAGAUCUUUAAAGAUUCCAUGAUAUUUGUUGCUGAAGAAUCAGAUGAAAAUGAGACAAGCUCUUCCUGUUAUAUUUUUUUCAAAUAAAACUAAAUAUUUUGUAUGUUAACGUUCCUAUUACAAAAGAAACAUUGACGAGUUGUUUGAUUUCACUGAUGAUGUAAUCUAAAUUGAUAUUCGGCAGCAUUAGAAAAGAAGAAUACUCCAUGGUAUCUGAUUGUGUAUGGAUUAUUCUCUUCUAAGCAACACGUAUAUAUAAGAACUGUUGAAACGAACACAAUUCUGACAGUCUUUGGACCUAGAUGAUCUACGUAUGACUAAAUUUGAUAUUGAAUGGCCCCCUGUGAACAUAUAAUAUUUUCAAGUUCAGAAAAUAAAAAUAAAAAUUGAACUUGCGAAUUCUCUUUGGUAGCACACAUGACUGUAAUUUCCUAGGACCUUUGAACAAUGUAUGAAGUUGAAAAGGGGAUUUUGGUAAAUAAGAGCAUUUUAUUACAUUUUCUUUAGAUUUAUAUCAACAAGUACAAUACCCACUUCUUUAAUUUUUAUUCUUUUUUUUUACUUGCAAUAUUUUGUGUACUUUUUGUAUUCUUGCUGUAUGAAAUAUUCAGAAAAAACAUAUAUGGUACAAAGUCUGUACAUUUUGUCAAUAUUAAACUUUUGUUUAAAUUAA